AGCCACGCACAUUUACGUCGGAAAAGUUCUUGUAGUAAGCACCACGUAGUAGCAAAUAAAGUGCUCUACUCCAGAUCAACCAGACCGACAUGGCGGCGAAAGACACGAAGCUGGCGCCGGCCGCCGGCCCGCAGCUGAAGCUGCUGGUAGACAAGCGUUCGCGGCGCGUGCUGUACGCGGAGGCGCGCAAGGACGCGGUGGACUUUCUCAUCGGCCUCCUGCGUGUGCCCGUGGGCCUCGCGGCGCGCGUUCUGGCCAAGCACGACGCCCCCGCGCCGGGGUGCCUGGGCACGCUCUACGCGGGCGCGCGAUCCCUGGACGACGCCUUCUUCGUCUCCGCCUCCCCCAACCGCGAUGCCCUCCUCAGCCCCACGCUGCCAUCAGCCGCGCUCCCGCUGCUGCUCGGUGAGGGUGCGCUUCCGCCGCCGCCUCCUCCUCCUGCGAAGCGGUAUUUCCGCUGCCCCUCGUACUCGUACCCGUGCAACGGGAACCCGACGUACGUGACGGACGUGUCGGGCCUGCCGUGCCCGGGGUGCCAGCAGCCGAUGACCGUGGAGAUGCAGUGGACGCCCGGGGACGCGCACGGGAAGCUGGCGCAGGCUCAGGCGCAGGAGGCGGCGGGGGAGGGCCUCGGCGGGUACGUGAAGGAUGUGGUGACGUUACUGGUCAUGGACGACCUCACCGUCGAGCCCAUGUCAACCAUCUCCGCCAUCAUGCUGCUCAAGAAGUUCAACGUCAAAGACUGCUCCGCAUUGGAGGAGAUGAUCGUUGACCUCGGCACAAAACAGGCCGUGAUGUUGCUGAAGGCGUCGCUGGAGUCCACGACAGUGCUGACGGAUGUCUUCAGCGGGGGAGUCACCAUUGAUAGGGUUGAUGGUUGAGUGAGCUAUCACAGACAUUGUAAUUGUGCACAUCAAGGAAGAAGACGGGGCGUCACACGUCGUCAUGGAAACGGUGGGGAUCGAAGUUCUUAGUGUGAUCAAUCAACUCGAGAGAAAGUUAGCUGUCGGUGUCGAUUUGUACAUAAAAUGGA